AUGUCACUAGCACCGAGCUCGCCCAGGCUACCAAGCCCCCCUCCAGCGGCCGAGAUUCAGAUGGCGCCCAUGUCUCCGUCCGGCGGGCCAGCAGCCAGUCUCCAGACGACACCUCAAGAGCAGACACAGCUUGAAGCAAGCUCAAAACGGCGGAUACAUCCAGGCACAAAAGCGGCAGAUAUGGCUGCUGGUCCCCCUUUAAUACCAUUACAUGAGCUUGACUCUGCAUUUCAACUCCAAGAACAUCUAGCCGCCCUCCACUGCUACCAUACCGCCUCAAACACCAGACCAAUUUCUCGCAACACCGCACUACAGCUUGCGACGCCUCCUAACGGCAUCGAUCGAACCAUCUGGCUCUAUGAGCUCUGCCGCUUCCUCAUCUCCAAGUGCAACUCCUUAAUCGUCGGCUUCCUUUUCGACACCCCACCAUGCAGUGCGAACACAUGUCCUGAGAUGCGCGCCUCGGAGUGGCAAUUCUUAUGCGCUGUACAUGAGCAACCUAAGAGUUGCUGUGCUAUCGACUACUGCUGCCACACCCUGGACUGGGCCGCGAAUGUCGUAACUGAUCAGAAGAUCUUCCCUAGCCGUUUUGUUGUUCACAAUGACAACCACAGUAGGAAUGUUGGGGUGAAGAAUCUCAUCAACGUUUUCCGCAGACUGCAUCGCAUAUUUGCCCAUGCUUGGUUCCAGCACCGUGGUGUUUUCUGGUCUGUCGAAGCUGAAACAGGACUAUACGUUUUAUUCAAAACAGUAUGCGAUUUGUACGAUCUGCUGCCUGCUGAGAACUACAAACUGCCCCCUGAGGCGGAAGGACUUGAGGCACCCCAUAUAGAACAGGAGGCCGAGAAGCCCCCACCCACUAUUCUUAAACCCUCGUCUCAUCAACGAGGCCCUCCUGUUGAGGAAGACAACAUGCAUCCUGCCAGGACAAACACCCGACGACAUAUUCGAAGCAGCCCGUCGACUGGAAGCGCUGUUACAACAGUGGUUGAGGCUGAAGAAGAGGAAGCCGAUGGAGUUUCGCGAAGGCUUAGGGAGAUGCAUCUCACUGCUCCCUCGCCUGUAGAAGAGGAGCCAGAGGUGGCAGAGGUUCCCGUCAUUGUUGAGCAGUCGGUUUUGGGUGACGCCAAGCCUCCGUCCCAGAAUUCCCCAGCCGAGGCAGAUGAUGAAGAUGAUUCUGAAGAAGACUCCGACGAUGUCGAUGAAGCUGAUGAAGGUGACCAAACCAUUGUCGGAUCAGCAUCAGAACCAGAUCCCACGAGUGAUGAGGACAUACAAAGUAACGAACCUGAGCCAACACCAGACUCAUUAGAACCUCGGGAAUCCCUGAAGAAGAGUGCCACAGAGGAUGGUGCAAAUGAGGAGAACUCGUCGGCGUCGCCAGACUCUACCGCGGAAGUGACCCCUGAUACUCAUGUUUCGGACACUGAUGAGCCCAAAUCGGGUAUUAAGAGCAACGUCUCCGAAGAUGAAAAGGCUGUCGAAACUACACUUGAAGACGAACCCCAAAAGAAGGAAAAGCAAUAG